AGAUAAUUCCGCGGUCACUCUGAUCCCUGUGGCACAAGAAAAAUAUAGAUUAAAAAUUAAAAAAAAAAGCCUCGCGUUGCAGCGUUAGGCACCGGUUAGAGAGUGCAAUCAAAAGAGCGGCGUUACAUUGUGCCCAGCUGCUGCUAAUCAAAUCAAACUCCUGUGCUGUUGUCCCCCCAAAUUGUGUCGGUCGUGGCGUUCGCAUAGCAAAAAUUUCUAUAACAGUUCUCAAUCAAUCAAUACCUCUCUCUCGCUCGCUCGCUUUUUCUGUCUCUCUGCCCUGUCUUUCGCUGUACGUGCGUGCUGCUGUGUGUGUGUCAGUGUUUUUCUGUGUGUGCGUGUGUGGUGCUGGUGUCGUCCACUCCUUGGGUGCAUAAUUAAAUUAAUCAAAUAAAUAAAAAAUCAACGUGUUGAAACCGAAAAGAGCAGCCGUAGUGCAACAACAGCUUCAACAUGACCAUGGCAGGGCAAACAAUCAACGACAGGCUGCUAGCAGCCCGUCACAGCCUUGCGGGCCAAGGACUGGCCAAGUCCGUCUGCAAGGCCACUACUGAGGAAUGCAUUGGACCGAAGAAGAAGCAUUUGGAUUAUUUGGUGCACUGCACAAAUGAGCCGAAUGUCUCGAUACCUCACUUGGCCAACUUACUUAUCGAGCGUUCACAGAACGCCAAUUGGGUGGUGGUCUACAAGUCGCUGAUAACCACACAUCAUCUGAUGGCAUAUGGCAAUGAGCGUUUCAUGCAAUAUUUAGCAUCAAGCAACUCUACAUUCAAUCUCAGCUCCUUUCUGGACAAAGGAACAGUGCAAGCAGAUGGUGGCAUGGGCGUUCCAGGUGGCAGAAUGGGUUACGAUAUGUCCCCAUUCAUACGACGCUAUGCCAAGUAUUUGAAUGAGAAGUCGCUCUCCUACCGAGCCAUGGCCUUUGACUUUUGUAAAGUCAAACGAGGCAAAGAGGAGGGCUCGUUGCGCAGCAUGAACGCAGAAAAACUCUUGAAGACUUUGCCAGUUUUGCAGGCACAAUUGGAUGGACUUUUAGAGUUUGAUUGCCAGUCCAAUGAUUUGUCCAAUGGCGUUAUUAAUAUGAGUUUCAUGCUCUUAUUUCGCGAUCUCAUCCGUCUGUUUGCUUGCUAUAACGAUGGCAUCAUCAAUUUACUGGAAAAAUACUUUGAUAUGAAUAAAAAGCUGGCACGCGAUGCAUUGGAUCUCUAUAAGAAGUUUUUGGUUCGCAUGGAUCGUGUAGGGGAAUUCUUAAAGGUGGCAGAGAAUGUGGGCAUUGAUAAGGGUGACAUACCCGAUUUGACCAAGGCCCCAAGCUCUCUUUUGGAUGCCUUGGAGCAGCAUUUGGCCACACUGGAGGGUCGUAAAGUAUCUGCUGCCAAUACGCCCACACAGUCUUCAAGUAGCCAUCAACGCAAUGUAAAAUCCGCUGUAUCUGCACUUUCUUCUACCAGCUCGGCUUUUGGCACUGCGGCCGCUUCCAGUAAAUUCGAUGCCACCAAUGGGAUUGAUGAGCAGCUCAAGGCACAGGUUCUGGCCGAAGAAGAGGCCGCCAUGAAUCAGUACAAAUCGAAGGUAUCGUCGCCCACUAGUAGCGGUGCUGCUGGCUCUAGCGCUGCACUAACAAAUCCAUUCCUAUCGUCACCGCCAGCCUCAUCGGCUGGCCAGCCGAUAGUUGAUCUGUUUGGUGCCGCGUCGGCACAGCCCGCUGCUGCUGGAGCAGCGUCCCACCACCACCAGGCGCCACAGGCCACCACCAAGGCCUCUGACGAUUUAUUGCAGUUGGGCAAUCCCUUUGCCGACAUGUUUGAAGCCAGUGCCAAUGCUGGCGGCUCUAAUGCUGCAGGAGGUGCCACAGGUGCUACACUCAAUGCCAAUAAUUUGUGGAUGCAUAAUAAUGGUUUCAAUGGCGCUUCAGUCUCCUCCGCUGCUGCAACAAAUGCAUUCGUUUCCGAUAGUAAUUUCUCAUCCGUUUUUGGUAACACGGAACCCACAGCAUCGAUGCCGUUGCCCCCCAAUCCAUUUUUCGAUGACGCAGUCGCUGUUGCACCUGUUGCUCCAACACCCUUUGGCAGCAAUAACAUUUUUAUGGAUCAGCAGCAACAGCAUCAGCAGCAGCAAGCAAUGUUCUACAUGCAGCAACAGCAGCAGCAACAAUUGCAACUUCAACAUCGACAGCAGCUACAGCAACAGCAACAGCAAGAAUUUCCACCAGGUUUUGAUGCUUUGGGCGAUGUAUUGAAGCCAGCUUCAGCCAGCAAUCAAAUGAACGUUGUCGCCACCACAGGUGUCUAUCCUACCGGCAACAGCAGCGGAAACAGCUCCUCGAUCCUUGCACUCCAGCAGCAGCAAUAUCUCUUGGGGCAGCAGCAGCAUCAGCAGCAAAUGCCAUUGCAACACCAGCAACUUCAGCAGUUACAACAUCAGCAGAUGCAGCAGCAACAGCCACAGCCAGCCAGCACUGGGAAGAUAAUUACCGGCGAUUUGGAUAGUUCACUAAUGUCACUAGUUGAUAACUUAAAUAUAAAUAAAACGGCAAGUGCAAAACCUGUGCAAUGGAAUUCACCUAAAAAUACAGCGAAACCAGGUGCUAAUUGGACACCACAACCAAUGGCGGCUACAACUGGUGCUGGCUAUCGUCCAAUGGCACAUGGCAUGACCGUAAGUCCAGCGCCAAUCACAAUCAAUCAUCCGUAUAUACAUGCUAGUUAUCCUGUAAUGCCAAAUUAUAUGCAGGGGAUGCCGGUGAUGGGGCAAGCCCCUUUGACUGGGGUGCCACCGACGAUGAUGUCGGCGCCGCAAAGUAAUUCCUCAACGGCAGCUGCAGGAGCGACGGGAGGCAUCAUGCAGCCAAUGCAGCCGACGCAGAAUGGGAGCGGCAAUAAAAGCGUACCACUGGAUCCAUUUGGUGCGUUAUAAAGGGGCACUCAUCCAAGCCACACUCACACCCACACACACUUUAAGCGCUCUAACCUCAUAGAAAGCAGACAAACACCCACACACAUAAUAAAAUAUUAUAAAUUAAAUAUAUAUAAAAAUAUAUAUUGAAAAAUUCAAAAUGUUUACACUACGCUACACAGAAAAGCUAAAGCAAAAACAAAUGUUUAUGGAAAAUGGCACUAAAAGCUAAAAGAAUGGAAAAGAAAAGAUUAUAUUAUAAUGUUGAACGAAAAAAAAAAAAACAAAUGCUAUAUACAUACAAUAUAUACGAGUAUAUAUAUAUUUUAUAUUAUUACUAUUUAAAUGAAACAAAAAGAAAAAAUAAGUUUGACUAUUUAUAUGUAUACACCAAUUUAUAUACUAUGUAUGCUAAAAAGAACGAAUGAAAAACGAAACAAUUUCCGUAAAUAGCUAAAAAGAAAAAGAAGGAAGAAAAGUAGUCUAUGUGAAAUAUACCUACGAGAACUCUACGAUAAGUCUAAGCAAAAACCUGUAGUUGUGUCCUACGCCAAUCACACGUUCAACUUUCUAAAUUAUGGAAUACUAGUGGAAAACACUCUGUUAACUGUCGCAAAAAAAGAGAGGAGAAGCCAGCGCCCCGAACCCCAAUUGCAAUAUUUUAAUCCGUCUAUUACGCAAAUUUAUAGUUUUUCUGUUAUUUGUGGUUAAAUAUACUAUAUACGAGUAUGUACUAUGUUUUUUAAAACUGUUGUUAAGCAAAUUAUAAUUUUGUAACUCAAAUAAUUGUAAAUGCAUUCCAAACUAGUUUCAAUUUUGUCCAAAUUUAAUUUGCAAAAGUUAAAACAUUUCUAAUUGUUAAGUAUUAUUUAAAAAAGAAACUAAAGCAACGCUGAAGAUUGAUGCAGUAACGUGUGCUGAAAAAAACCGCGGCGUAUAUUUGAAUAUGUGUUAUAUACUCUAGAGCCAUUUAUUUAAUUGCUUCGAAAACCGACAGCACAUCAAGAUACGUAGUUCAUUUGAAGAUUGUGUAUAUACAAAAGAGAAAAAACAAACAGAAAGCAUGAGGCGUGUGCGUAGGUUAUUUCCUAUUGUCCCACCCACACGCUGAACUAUGUCUAAAUAAACAUUUACAUAUAAA